AUGGCGUCCCACGAACAAAACAUGCCGUUUAUCAAAAACCUCGCCUCCAGCGACCGCAAGCUCCGAACACAGGCCCUGACCUCCCUCCAAACCUUCCUCGGCUCCCACCGCUCCCUCACCCGCAUCGACGCCCUCAAGCUCUGGAAGGGCCUCUUCUACGCAAUGUGGAUGUGCGACCGCGCCGUCCCGCAACAGAACCUCGCCGCCGAGCUCGCCUCCCUGACCGCCUGCCUCCAGAACGCCGACGUCCCGGCCUGGCUCUCCGCCUUCUACGAGACAAUGUCCAAGAACUGGACCGACAUCGACGUCCUGCGCAUGGAAAAGUUCCUCCUCCUCGUCCGCCGCACCUUCGCCUCGGGCCUGACCUGGGUCAAGGAGGGCGACUACGCCGAGGGGCGUGCCGACGCGCUCGCCGGCGUGCUGGCCGAGUGGCCCUUCGAGGUCGAGGGCGACCUGCGCAAGGUGCCCAUCGGUCUGCGCCUGCACGGCGUGGACAUCUGGGUCGACGAGCUCGAGAGGACGGAGAUUAUCAAGGAGGACGCCAGCGAGAAGGCUGUCGCGUUCGCCAAGAGGGUCAGCAAGCUCGUCGAGCCGUUGAAGAGGUCGCCCAUCAAGACUGUCCGCGUCAAGGCGGCCGAGUCGCUGGAGGACGACAGGCUGCCUUGGGUCGAGUCCCAGGAGGAGGACAAGGACGGCGCGGAAGAGGAGGACGACGGCGAGUGGGGUGGCUUUGACGACAAAUGA